AAUUCUAACCAAUUGGCUUGCAAAAGUACAUAGAUAUGAAAUAACUGGUCAGUGGUAUCUGGAUAGAAUUUGUGAUGAUAGCGGCUAUCAUCAUUUUUAUUGCGAUUUAACGAUAAAAGAAGCUGAUAUCACCAAUCCUAUCGCAGUUAUAGAAAUUCUAGCCAGCGGUUCUGUUCCUAAAAUAAAGAAACAUUUUGAUUAG